GGUGCAGCGGAGCGCGGGGUGAGGCGGCUGGCGAGCGCGGCGGCGAGGGCAGCGCCGAGCCGAGCCGAGCCGAGCCGAGCCGAGCCGCUCUCUGUAAUCGGAAACCAAAGCUUUCACCGUCAUCGCGCGGCUACUUUCCAUUCACUCCUAGGUGCUUAAUUGAGGGCUGGGGAGAAGAGUUGCUGGUGCCUUAGGAGUCCGGCUAUAAGGAUUAUUUUACAGAGGAACCGGGAGUACCUUUGCAACCAUCAGGAAGAGAGAUUAUUUUUUCCCCUCCCCACAGUGAGCCAGAUUUGGAAUUAAAAUGUUCUGGUAACAGGACUGGAGUCCAUAAACUGAUAGAAACCAGAUAGAAAUCUGUAUUACUGGCUCCUCCAAUAGCAGGGUUUCAUUUCUUGGAUAUUAAGUUGCAAAUCUGAAGAGAUGGCAUCGCUUGCACUGCACGUGUUGAUUGGGAUAUUUAUUUACUCUGGUCAUGUGAAAGGAUCUCCACAGCCUCAAGCAAGGGUGUUUUUAACAUUCAAUGAGCUGCAAGAAACUAAGACCUCCGAAUAUUACAGAGUAUCCCACAAUCCCCUGGAUUACAGGAUAUUAUUAAUGGAUGAAGAUCAGGACAGGAUUUAUGUGGGCAGCAAAGAUCAUAUUCUGUCUUUGAAUAUUAAUAAUAUCAGCCAGGACCCUCUCAGUAUUUUCUGGCCAGCAUCAGCAAACAAGGUUGAAGAGUGCAAAAUGGCUGGCAAAGAUCCUACGCAUGGCUGUGGAAAUUUUGUGCGUGUGAUACAGUCCUACAAUCGCACACAUCUGUAUGUUUGCGGCAGUGGAGCUUUCAGCCCAGUGUGUGUAUACAUCAACAGAGGACGCAGGUCUGAGGAACAAAUCUUCAAGAUCGACUCCAAGUGUGAAUCAGGGAAAGGACGCUGCUCUUUCAACCCUAAUGUGAACACGGUGUCUGUAAUGAUCAAUGAAGAGCUUUUUUCAGGCAUGUAUAUUGAUUUCAUGGGGACGGAUGCUGCCAUUUUCCGCAGCUUAACCAAACGCAAUGCUGUGAGAACCGAUCAACACAACUCAAAGUGGCUAAGCGAGCCUAUAUUUGUGGAUGCUCAUGUUAUCCCAGAUGGCACUGACCCCAAUGAUGCCAAAGUCUACUUCUUCUUCAAAGAGAGACUCACGGACAACAGCGGCAGCACAAAGCAAAUCCAUUCAAUGAUUGCAAGAAUAUGCCCCAAUGACACAGGUGGCCAGCGUAGCCUUGUGAACAAGUGGACAACAUUCUUGAAAGCGAGACUUGUGUGCUCAGUCAUGGAUGAAGAUGGAACAGAAACAUACUUUGACGAAUUAGAGGAUGUGUUUCUUUUAGAAACAGAUAACCCCAGAACAACACUUGUGUAUGGAAUUUUUACAACAUCAAGCUCCAUAUUCAAAGGCUCAGCUGUGUGUGUGUAUCAUUUAUCUGACAUCCAAACCGUGUUCAAUGGGCCAUUUGCACACAAGGAGGGCCCGAACCACCAGCUGAUUCCAUAUCAGGGCAGAAUUCCAUAUCCACGACCUGGCACUUGUCCAGGAGGAGCCUUCACACCCAAUAUGAGGACAACCAAAGAGUUUCCAGACGAUGUUGUGACCUUCAUCAGGAAUCACCCUUUGAUGUUUAAUCCCAUUUACCCAAUCCACAAGAGGCCAUUAAUAAUUCGAAUAGGAACAGACUACAAGUAUACCAAGAUUGCUGUGGACCGUGUGAAUGCUGCUGAUGGAAGAUAUCAUGUCUUGUUUCUUGGAACAGACCAAGGAACUGUUCAAAAAGUUGUUGUCCUACCCACUAACUUCUCUGCAAGUGGAGAACUCAUUUUAGAAGAGCUGGAGGUUUUUCAGAGUAAUUCUCCAAUAACAACAAUGAAGAUUUCAUCUAAAAAGCAACAGUUGUAUGUGAGCUCAAAUGAGGGGGUCACCCAGGUGUCCUUGCACCGCUGCCAUAUCUACGGGACCGCUUGUGCUGACUGCUGUUUAGCCCGCGACCCUUAUUGCGCCUGGGAUGGCAAUUCCUGCUCCAGGUUCUAUCCCACAGGGAAAAGGAGGAGUCGCAGGCAAGACGUGAGACAUGGAAACCCUCUGACUCAGUGUCGAGGUUUCAACCUGAAAGCAUACAGAAAUGCUGCUGAAAUCAUCCAGUAUGGAGUAAAAAACAACACCACCUUUCUUGAAUGUACACCCAAAUCUCCUCAGGCUUCUAUUAAAUGGUUACUACAGAAAGACAACGACAGAAGGAAAGAGGUCAAGCUUAAUGAAAGGAUCAUAGCUACUGAGCAAGGACUCCUGAUUCGCUCUGUCCAAGAUACUGAUCGAGGACUUUACCAUUGCAUUGCAACAGAGAACAGCUUCAAGCAAACGCUAGCCAAGAUCAAUUUCAAAGUGCUGGAUCCAGAGAUGGUGGCCUUCAUGACGGACAAGUGGUCCCCUUGGACCUGGGCCAGUUCAGUACGAGCGCUGCAGUUCCACCCAAAGGAUUUUGUAGGAGCUUUCAGUCAUUCAGAGAUGCAGAUGAUUAAUCAGUAUUGCAAAGACAGUAGACAGCAAGGUCAGCAAAGGGAAGAAUCCCAGAAGAUGAGGGGGGACUACAGCAAAUUAAAGGCCCUUAUUAACAGCAGGAAAAGUAGAAAUAGAAGGAAUCAGUUACCUGGAUCUUAAUUUUAUUAUGUAGCAAUAGAUGUCUUUGUCCUCACUGUAGGGGGGUAAAUAUUUGUCUAUUGAGAACAAAUUUGAGCAAACUUGAUAAAAAUUUAAAUGAAAAUCCAACAAGCCUCAGAAAAGAUUCUCCUCACAAUAAAACGCAGUGUAACUUAAGAAAAAUAUUGGAGCAUUUUAUUUCCUAGAUGCUUACUGGCACUAGGCUGAGCCCUGUCAUAGAAGCAAAACUGAGUAUUCAUCUUAAACCAGAUUCACGUUUGACAUAUCAAUAUUUAAUUACAGUUCAACAGAAAUCUUUAAAAAGACAAUGUAUUAUUUUAUGACUCUGUAACUGUACCAAACAGACUGGUGGUGUAAGAAUCUGAGUUAAGAUGCAUGCUCAGAGUGGGAUGGUACUAAGAUUUCCUUGCACUGCAUUUAAGAACAUGAGUUUCUACUUGUUUACGGUUCAAUAUUGGGUUUACAGCUUUCACUCAUUGUUCAAAUCAUGUGAAUGUGUGCAGAUAGGAAGCGAGUAAAGUAUAGUAGAAAUGUUUCAUUCAGAGGUCAAAUGAAGGAACAAGUAGGAGAACAGAAAUGAAUAAUUGUUUUUAUACUUUAUCAGAGGAAACACUGAUUAUUGUGCAUAGUAUGAGUUGUAAUAAAUUAAUAAGUUCUGGAAUGUAACUUAAAAUAUGUCUGCUCAUAUUGAUUUCUAUUAAUAUAGGAUGUCCUGUAACACUACAUAGCUUUAAAAGUGGCACAAAGCUAACAUGAGAAUGUUCAUUGUAGGUACAAUUUUGAAAAGCACCUAAGUGACUUAAGUAUUUUAGUUAUUUUUCAGAGUUGCACUCCAAUUGCUUCAGAUGCAGAAUGUAGGCAUACUGUACAGUUUACUCAGAAACUAAACUCGCAGGUUAACUUUAAUGUGUUAACUCCAUGAUUAAAUUGGAGAUGGUCCACAAUGUGGAAACAAGUGAUGAGCACCGUCUUUUUGCCCUUUUUCUUUUCAGUGUUCUUGUCAUAAUUUACUCCUUUUUGUCAGCUUUCUACUGACAAGAAGAGUAGGAAAAGAAAAAAAAAAAAAGAGGGGAAGAUAAAAACUGAAAAAAAAAUAGUUCUGGUCAAAACCUCAAAAAUAAAACGUUUUGAAAGGCAUAUUUAAACAAAAAUGUUUUUGUGUGUGAAGUUUUAAUGAAGUGUGUUUAGUUGAAGACUGGGUAAGUGUGCAUCUAUCAAACCGUCUUGGGAAAAGCUAUCACCUUUUGUGAUCAGCACUAAUGCCAAAAAGUAGCAACAAAUCUUGGUCAUUUCACUAUGUGAGAGGAUUCUGGAAUCCAGUGGGUCUGUUCACAGGAGAUAUAUAACAAGGAUUUAAUUUAUAUGACCUUAUAAAUAUGAUGUUUUAUUCCCUGAUAUUUUAUGUUGCUAUACAACAAUAUAAGCUAAUUAAUUAUGUUCAGCUGAAGAAAAUGUAAAUUUCUAAGCAAAAGGAGGAAAAUAACUUCUGAACCCAGAGAAGAUAAGAAAAAAUAUUUUUAAAAGAGUUGUUAGUUCCAGUAACAGAGGAUUCUCUAUUUAGAAGUACAGUUUUAAGCAUUUUUAUAAACAUUUGUUGAAACUCUUUGGGCAUUAUUUUGAUUCUGCUUCUGUUGGAAUACACUGGGAAUAAAUCUACAGGAGUUAGAAGGACAUCUCUGGAGCUACGCCAGUGUACAUUAGGAUCUAGGCAAUGGAGUUAACACUAGUAUUUAACUGAUACCAGAGUUGGAUAUGUCAAUUCAUCACCACCUGAUACAGAAUAGCCGGGAAAAGUGCCCUGAGCAAACCACUUAAACCUUGUCUCUAAGUCCCUUUGACUCUGGUGGGAGCUCUUGGGACUUGACUGCAUGUGCUCACUACUUGCUUCGAAGGGGAUAGCAAUGCUUAUUUGCUUACAUAUUAUCACAUAUUUAAGUGCUCUUCUUUAUCAAGGCCUAAAUGCAUAUUUAUGCAACACACAGCCCCUGCUAUCUAAGGUCCUUCCUUAUGGAAAACAUAGGGAAACUUUGGCUACAGUGAUCUUGGAUCUGACUCCAAAAGCUGGCAAAGCAGAUUCUGAGGAGAAAAAAAAAAAAAAAAAAAAAAGAGAGAGAGAGAGAGAGGUAAAUGAAAAUGAGAGGUUUUUUUCCCAGCUAACUUUUAGUGCAGCAAAUUACUUUUUUUUUUUCUUUUCCUGAGGAUGAGUGACUUCUGAAGUGCUUAAGUUGCAAACCAAAAAUUUGAGUGCCACGAAAUGGAACUACCUCCUAGAAUGACACUAGUGCAUAUGCUCUGUAUGCUACCAUGCUCUUCCUCAUUUCCCCAGCAGAUUUACUGCAGACUGAGUGUGAUAUUAAUGUCUAUUGUGAGGAUCAUAAUUCUUUCCAGAUGAAAUACAGUGGUUAAUAAGUACUUAAGGGUACAAUUUACUCUCUAAGUGGUUAGGUACAGAGAUAUUUUAACAGGCCCCCAUUAGGCCUCAGAAAUUAUAGUUACACUGUUUUCUAACAGAAUAUUGGCAAUAGGGGAUUCCGUUAAAACAAUCAGCAUAGCUCAGAGUUUCAUAUGAUUAUAAAAUAAUAUUUUUAAAGCUGCUUCAUAUACCAUUAUUAUGGUAUGACUGUUUAAGGGAUUACACUUAAACUAACAUUUUUCCUGCUGCAUGAAAACUUCAGCAUAUAUAUAUAUAAAUAUAUACAUAUAUAUAUAUAUAUAUAUAUAUAUAUAAAUAAGCUUCUGUCAACGUGUAACCGGUCCAAGCUUCCAUGCUUUCACAGACUUCCUCUGUGUAUAGAGUAACCAGGAGCCAGGUUCUCAGCUGGUAUAAACUCAUGCAACUUCCACAUUGUCCAUACAGGUACUAUGGUUUGUACCAGCUAAGUGUUUGGCCCUAAAUGUACAGAAUAGACAGACAGCAAUUUUUAUUUGUUUAAAAUAGCUCCUCUAUUGUAGGUAUCACCAAAACUUAGGACUGUAAUAUUGUUUGUGCUAUUUAAUACUUCCUAUUUUAAGGAUUACUAAAUAAUGUAUAUAAUUCUAUUCCUUAAAAAAUGCAAAAGCAAAAUGACUUCUAGACACAACUUCACCAAAUGUAAAGAUACGUUCUCUGCUAUUUUUUUGCUAUUUUUGUUUUGUGUAGUUUGUAAAGUUUGCUGAAACCUUGGCUUAACGAUGUGUUCUUUUGCAAUUGUUGUUAUUGUAGAUAUGUGUGUUUUAUUAAGAAAACGCUGUUUUUAAAAGUGUAGGUAUGUGUAUAAGUUCUUAGCAUGAUGAAACUGUAAUUACAGUGAAUAUGCAUUAUAUAGUGUGUAAGAAGAACAAAAUGUAGUAUAACAUAGUGCUAUUUAAUUGACUAUCUAAAAUAUUAUUUGCCUGACAAAAUAAAGUGUGUUGCAACAAUUAGAA